UGUCAACGAAAAUACUAACAGCCGAUGUGAACAGUCUUCAGCCCACAAUCCCAAAACACGUUUUCAAAGUGUUUUCGUUGUCGCCAGAACAUGGUAUUAAGUUGGUCAACUUGCUUUUCAAUUUCGGGCAAAAAUAAUCGAUUAAUCGCUACCAUUUCUAAAAAGUUAACACAAAAGCUGGAAUUUUCUUUAUUCUCUAUAUUCUGUUAAAAAUAUACAUAUAGAUAAUUACGUUGUCAUAAUGUAUACUGUGCCUGUGAUACCACCCGAUCUACGUCACGAGGAAACUAUAAUCCAAGCAGCCAUAGCUCUGGAUUGUCUACAAAAAACAAUAAAUUCUGUAUUUGACCACAUUGACAAUCGCACCCAGCGGAAUAAUGCGAAAGUGCAAGAGUUGAGCACACGUAUUGAGCGGGCACAGGGGAAAAUACGCAGUUUGGUUGGUACAAAAAAGGCAAUUAAAAUUUACUCACCAGCCCGUUUUCCAUCGUCGCAAAUUUUCCAAGACGUCCCACAAACUUUUGGUAAUACAGACACAAUGCUGGAAUUACAUUUACAACAGCAGCAACAAAAACAAAAUGUAGAUUAUGAAGUCCAUAGUCGCGCAGAUGCACCACCGUCUCAAGCAUUGCAAGAAAAAUUGGUAUUCUUUCAUGUUCGUUACAAGGACGUUGAAGCGCCUCAACAUGGUCAUACUGUUGCCGCUAGUAAAGCGCAUGUAAACAGAACCAUUGGUAUGGGUGCGGUGCCGGAAAAAUUACGUUCAACAUCUUCGCUACUGCAUUGCAACAGCGGCGAAGUAGUUUACGGUUGCGAAAGUGCUGAGAAAGAUUCGUGGAAAAAAGCCAAAUUCUUUAAAUCAACACGUCAACGUCAAAACGACAACACGGAGCAAAAGCAACUCUUGGAACCAGCUCCUCACUCGUUAGCUCACCGCAAUCAAAAAGUAAACUCUUUCGGAGGUUUGCGCUACACACCGCGAUUGUAUGAAGCGCCGGAGAUAGAUCUGCCACUGGAUUUGCCUGAUUUGCCCGGCAUUGCUGAUGAUAUACAUUUCGAGGGCAAAGAUCAGCAACAAAUAGCGCCUUCGUUAUACAUUGAGAAUCUGCCCGAUUUGCCUGAAUUGGAAGAGUCAAACUGUAAACUAGAAAACAUCUCACAAUCAAUGGAAGUACGGGGAACACACCAACUAAUGCCACCAAUUCCGCCAGCAGCACUCGCGGACGUUAAGCAAUCUAGCAGUGUGGUAGACUCAGCUAUAGUAGUAGCAACAGCAACAACUCCACCACCACCUCCUCCACCACCGCCACCGCCACCGCCACUACCACCGUUACAGACACAGUCAACACCAGUGGAAAACACCAGCCAAAAAUCCAAGUCUUCGAAUUUUCUGCCGCCGAAAACUAGCAAUUCACGCACUGAGCUGAUGGAUGCCAUACGUAAAGCGGGAGGCGCGCGCGGUGGGCGUUUACGUGCUGCUGCGCCUGUUGAUGUGGUCGAUAAUCGUUUGAGCACUAAAACGAGUGAAACCAAAUUCAAAACAAGCAAUUCAGGGGGCGGAGAUCUUAUGGCAGAUUUGCACAAUAAGCUGUUAAUGCGCCGGAAGGGUAUUUCAGGAACCAAAGACAAAGAAAAUGUUAAUUCUGCUGAUAGUGUGGACAAAGUAGUGAUUAGUAUUCGUGCAGCUACAACCGGUAAUCCGGUUAUGUCGCGCUUAUCAGCCUUGAUACCACCACCAGCUGUACGAAAACAGUCGGAUGACGACGACGACGAGGACAACGACACGGAUUGGGUAGAAUAACACGAGUAUAAACAUUUUAAGCCAUUAAACUCUAAUAAUCGGAAGCCAAUUUCAAACCACUAUGCCUGCUGUGUUUAUAUUGAUACAUGCAUCGGUGAAAUUUAGAAAUUUAUACUAAAUAAUACUAUUUUAAACUA